AUGCUUUAUUCAGACUACCAUGUCUUUACUUUUAUACUUAAAGGAUUGCAAGGAAAGAUUAAAGGAACCCGAGAAUUAUUCCAUCGUUCAAAGCAUAUAACAGAAAUGGAAGUCGAGCUUUCUACCUUAAAGCCACCCAUUCAAGGAAAUGGAACUGUUGGUACUGGCACGGGGACCAGAAGAAUCUCCAAACUCGGAGGGGAACCUUGA